AUGGCGAAAGGCCGUCCUUUGAGCAGUCUAGUCCAACCUUGCGACGUGCUAAUCGGGUGUUGCGGCCCGUCCUAUCAGUCAAGAUUCCGGCUAUCAGUCAUUACCAAUUCAAGGGGUAUUAGUACGUCAGAAAAAGUGGUAACUCGCUUGCAACGCAAACUCGGGAGUACACUUGCCGACUGUUUUGUGAAUACGGCGCUCGCGCUGGCAAUGAAAGCCGAUGUUAACAUACGGUCAUUCAUGAGGGUAGAGCAGACGGAGACACUACGUUAG